UUACAAGCACAAUCUGACAGGCUCUGAAAGAAUGUCGGUGUUUUACUGUUAAGCCAAAAAUGGGGAGAGAAGCAGUUUUGGGGUUUCCUAAUUAGCUUUUAUUCAAGCCCUUAAAUCUGUGAAUAUGCGAUGUUAAUGCAGCCUUACAUUUGUAUUAGGUUAGCGUAUGCAGCUGGCUUUCCAAACCGUGGUUCUGUUGAUAGUAUGGAAAACGUACAUAGGAUAAUUUGCCUCCUACACGGUGGGAAAAUAGCAAAGAACAUCUAUUUACUUAGAUUUUUAAGAAUUCCAAUAAAUUCAUUUUUAUGUAAGCAUAAAUAGCAUGCAAACUUCCUUCCUUUGACACAAUUCUAUUUGCAGUUGCACUUUGUAAUAUGAAAAUGUGAAAACAUUGGAGUAAAUUAUGGCAUAACAAUAUGGUGGAAUACGAGCCAUUGCAAUUAAAAAUCAUAAUGACAUAUACAGAAAUAUAACAUUGAAGGUUUUUUGUGUUUUGUUUUGUUUUGAGACAGUCUCACUCUGUCGCCCAGGCUGGAGUGCAAUGGAGCUGUCUCAGCUCACUGCAACCUCCGCCUGCCGGGUUCAAGCGAUUCUCCUGCCUCAGCUGCCCCAGUAGCUGGGAUUACAGGCACCUGCCACCACACCCAGCUAAUUUUUGUAUUUUUAGUAGAGACAGGGUUUCACCAUGUUGGUCAGGCUGGUCUCAAACUGCUGACCUCAGGAUCCACCCAUCUCGGCCUCCCAAAGUGCUGGGAUUACAGGCGUGAGUCACUGUGCCCUGCCUAACACUGAGAUUUUUUUACUUCCAGCUGGCAUUUUUUAAGUAGACUACAACUUCAUAUUGCUACUCUAAAAAACCAUGAAUAAAAUUUGGUUAGGAGCUAGACAUGUAAGUCCAUUUUUAAAGUUUUGCAGUGUAUACUGGAUAAAUAGUAUUGUGAUUGGUGACAGCUGUCAUGGAACUUUGAAUAUUUUUUCAUGUAAUGCUGAUGCAAACGUGUAUGCAUAUGUGCGGGAUAUAUAAAUUGACUAGUAGAUAUAUUAACUCAAAUUAAGAUUAAAUGCUUUUCAAUAGUGGGAAAUAAAAGGGAGUACAUACAACUAGAGAAUGGGAAAUUUUUAGAAUAGUUAUGUGUAUUGUCAUGUUAUCAUAUAUUCCUACAUUUCCCAAUACAUAGUAGACUCUCACUAAAUAAUUCCAAACUCCAUGAAGUAACUGAGAGCUGCUAAUUUACUUUUUUUUUUUUUUUUUAGAACGAAUCUUGCUCUGUUGUCCAGGCUAGAGUGCAGUGGCAUGAUCUCCACUCACUGCAACCUCUGCCUCCUGGGUUCAAGUGAUUCUCCUGCCUCAGCCUGCUGAGUAGCUGGGAUCACAGGUGUGAGCCACCACACCCAGCUAAUUUUUAUAUUUUUAGUAGAGAUGGGGUUCACCAUGCUGGUCAGGUUGGUCUUGAACUCCUGACCUCGUGAUCCACCUGCCUCAGCCUCCCAGAGUGUUGGGAUUACGGUGUGAGCCACCGCGCCCAGCCACGCGCCUGGUCCUUAAUUUACAUUUUCUAAGUACUGACAGUUUUAGUAAAGUAGUAAUUUAGAAGAGCUCCUUCAGGGCAGGGACCAUGUCUUAGAUAUCUUUAAACUUCACAAGAUGCUUAAUACAUUGUAGGUGCAGAACAUGUAUUAAGUUGGGCUGGUUCAUAGUCAAAAUUUGAUGUUAAUAUAGAUACUGAUACUUCUAAAGCAAAAAAAAAAAAAGACAUAAAAAUGUAUACUGAAGGGAACAGCACAGAAUACUUAGCUAUCAUCCAGGUUUCCUUCAAUCUAGGUAAAAGUUAUUGAUGCGAUUUAUCAAAAAGCUUCAUUGAAGUUUUUGCAUUUAAAAUUUACUAAUUGGCCUUUCUGCCCGUGGACGCCACCGAAGCAGCAUCGUUAAAGUCUCUCUUCUCCCUGCGAUCAUGUCUAAGUCAGAGUCUCCUAAAGAGCCGGAACAGCCGAGGAAGCUCUUCAUUGGAGGGUUGAGCUUUGAAACAACCGAUGAGAGCCUCAGGAGCCAUUUUGAGCAAUGGGGAACACUCACAGACUGUGUGGUCAUGAGAGAUCCAAACACCAAGCGCUCCAGGGGCUUUGGGUUCGUCACGUAUGCAACUGUGGAGGAGGUGGAUGCAGCGGUGAAUGCAAGGCCACACAACGUAGAUGGAAGAGUUGUGGAACCAAAGAGAGCUGUCUCAAGAGAAGAUUCUCAAAGACCAGAUGCCCACUUAACUGUGAAAAAAAUAUUCGUUGGUGGCAUUAAAGAAGACACUGAAGAACAUCACCUAAGAGAUUAUUUUGAACAGUAUGGAAAAAUUGAAGUGAUUGAAAUCAUGACGGACAGAGGCAGUGGCAAGAAAAGGGACUUUGCCUUUGUAACCUUUGACGACCAUGACUCCGUGGAUAAGAUUGUCAUUCAGAAAUACCAUACUGUGAAUGGCCACAACUGUGAAGUUAGGAAAGCCCUGUCAAAGCAAGAGAUGGCUAGUGCUUCAUCCAGCCAAAGAGGUCGAAGUGGUUCUGGAAACUUUGGUGGUGGUCGUGGAGGUGGUUUCGGUGGGAAUGACAACUUUGGUCGUGGAGGAAAUUUCAGUGGUCAUGGUGGCUUUGGUGGCAGCCGUGGUGGUGGUGGUUAUGGUGGCAGUGGGGAUGGCUAUAAUGGAUUUGGUAAUGAUGGAGGCAAUUUUGGAGGUGGUGGAAGCUACAGUGAUUUUGGCAGUUACAACAAUCAGUCUUCAAAUUUUGGACUCAUGAAGGGAGGAAACUUUGGAGGCAGAAGCUCUGGCCCCUAUGGUGGUGGCGGCCAAUACUUUGCCAAACCACGAAACCAAGGUGGCUAUGGCGGUUCCAGUAGCAGCAGUAGCUAUGGCAGUGGCAGAAGAUUUUAAUUAGGAAACAAAGCUUAGCAGGAGAGGAGAGCCAGAGAAGUGACAGGGAAGCUACAGGUUACAACAGAUUUGUGAACUCAGCCAAGCACAGUGGUGGCAGGGCCUAGCUGCUACAAAGAAGACAUGAUUUAGACAAAUACUCAUGUGUAUGGGCAAAAAACUCGAGGACUGUAUUUGUGACUAAUUGUAUAACAGGUUAUUUUAGUUUCUGUUCUGUGGAAAGUGUAAAGCAUUCCAACAAAGGGUUUUAAUGUAGAUUUUUUCUUUUUCUUUUUUUUUUUUUUGCACCCAUGCUGUUGAUUGCUAAAUGUAAUAGUCUGAUCAUGACGCUGAAUAAAUGUCUUUUUUAAAAAAAAUAAAAUAAAAUAAAAUAAAAUUUACUAAUUGA